GGCUACGGUGGGCGAGGCCCAACCCCCUCUCCGACAAAACACAGCAAACGGCUAGCGGGGUUAGCGCUGCGUUUCCCAGCGGUUCUGCUCUAAACGGGGGAUUUUUAGGCUCCAAACCCGGGAAAAGAGGAUGGGUUGUGGAUGGAGCGAGUGAUUAAUUAGAGAAUGAUUGAUAUUCUGGAGCAGAUUUUGAGCUGUCUGAUUUGAGGAGCUACUCAGUUCAUCAUGGAGGCGUCCACCAUACUGCCUGUACUGAAGAAGAAGCUGGCCUUUCUCUCAGGGGGUAAAGAUCGGCGCAGCGGCCUCAUCCUCACCAUCCCACUAUGUACAGAGCAGACCAGCAUGGAGGAGCUCAGCUCCACCCUAGAUUACCUGCUCGGCAUCCCCAGUGAGAAGUGUAAAGCGAGGGGAUUCACUGUGAUCGUGGAUGGGAGGAAGUCUCAGUGGAAUGUGGUGAAGACAGUUGUUCUGAUGUUACAGAACGUCAUCCCGGCCGAGGUGUCGCUGGUGUGCGUGGUGAAGCCAGAUGAAUUCUGGGACAAGAAGGUCACCCAUUUCUGCUUCUGGAAGGAGAAGGACCGACUUGGAUUUGAGGUAAUCCUGGUGUCGGCUAAUAAGCUAACGCGCUACAUCGAGCCGUGUCAGCUGACGGACGAGUUCGGGGGCAGUCUGCAGUACGACCACAUGGACUGGGUCAACAAGAGACUGGUUUUUGAAAAAUUCACUAAGGAGUCGACGUCUCUGCUGGACGAGCUCGCGGUCAUUAACGAAAACGAGAAAACCGGCCAACCAGACAAACCCAGGCCUUCAGACUGUAACGCCCUGCCUUCAUUUGACCCUGAAACGGUUCUCCAGACUGGUCAUGAGCUGCUGUCGGAGCUGCAGCAGAGGCGGUUUAAUGGUUCUGAGGGUGGAGGAGGUGGUGUAGGUGGUGGUGGUGGCGGGGGGACGGCGUGGUCUCCGAUGGAUGACGAGCUCCUGGCUCAGCCGCAGGUGAUGAAGCUGCUGGACUCUCUGAGGGAGCAGUACACCAAGUACCAGGAGGUGUGCCGUCAGCGCAGCAAACGCUCACAGCUGGAGGAGAUCCAGACCAAGGUCAUGCAGGUAGUGAACUGGUUGGAAGGUCCGGGUACGGAUCAGCUCCGGACUCAGUGGGGGAUCGGAGACUCGAUCAGAGCGUCGCAGGCCCUGCAGCUGAAGCACGAGGAGAUCGAGAGCCAACACAGCGAGUGGUUUGCGGUGUACGUGGAGCUGAAUCAGCAGAUGGCGGCGCUGUUGAGCGCGGGGGAUGACGAGGACCUGCUGGAGCUGAAGGCUCUGCAGCAGCAGCUGAGUGACGUGUGCUACAGGCAGGCCAGUCAGCUGGAGUUCCGGCAGAACGUCCUGCAGUCCGCCCACGAGUUCCACGGGACCGCCCAGGACCUCUCUCAGCAGUUGGAUGGGUUGUUGGGGAUGCUGUGUGCAGACGUCGCGCCUGCAGACGGAGCCGCCAUCCAGCAAACCCUCAAACACCUGGAGGAGAAGCUGAAGAGCGUCGAGGGGGCGCUGCAGAGUCUGAGGGAGAAAGGUCAGGUUCUUCUGGAGCAGAUUUCUAACCAAACGUCCUGGUUCUACGGAAAAGAGAUGCAGAUCGAGAACAAGGAGAACGUGGACCACGUCCACAGCGUGAUGGAGGACAUGCAGCUGCGGAAGCAGAGGUGUGAGGACAUGGUGGACGUGAGGCGGCUGAAGAUGCUGCAGAUGGUUCAGCUCUUCAAGUGUGAGGAGGACGCUUCUCAGGCGGUGGAGUGGCUCGGGGAGCUGCUGGACGCUCUGCUGAAGACUCACAUCAGGCUGGGAGAUGAUUCACAGGAAACUAAAGUCCUGCUGGAGAAACACAGGAAGUUUGUGGACGUAGCGCAGAGUACGUAUGAUUACGGCAGGCAGCUGCUGCAGGCGACGGUGGUGUUGUGUCAGUCUCUGCGCUGCACCACGCGCUCCUCCGGCGACACGCUGCCCCGACUCAACCGGGUGUGGAAGCAGUUCACCGUCACCGCCGACGAGCGGCAGCACCGCCUCGACAUGGCCAGCAGCUUCCACACCGCCGCCGAGCGGGUAUUGAAGGAGGGGUGUGAGCAGGUGGAGGUGUUGGAGGUGGAGGUGUUUGAGGAGGUGGAGACGGUGGGGAAGGCUCUGCUGGACAGGCUGACUGUGCCGGUUAUCUUUCCUGAUGGGAGUGAGCAGUUUUUCGGCAGUCCCGGCGACAUGGCGUCCUCGGCCGAGAACAUCCGCGACAAGAUGAAGCUGGUGGAGGACAAGAGGCUGCAGCACGAGGAGGAAGAGGAGGAGGAGGAGGAGGAGGAGUUGGAGGCGGAGCAUCUGCAGGAGGAAGCAGCUCUGGAGGCGGGGCCUGAUGAGAGUUAAUGAACACUAAAAUAAUCCUGAGAGCCUGAGAGGAGCAGUGGAAACUGAUGCACUCGAGUCAGAUAUGAUAUAUAAAUGACCUCAUAAUAUUAGAUUAUGAGGUCAUUUAUGUGGAAUCUUUGAAUUGAUUCAUUUGAUUCGUUCAGAUGAGUCAUUUGAAUCAAGUUUAUUCAGAGCAUCUUUGUAUUAAGUGAUCUCGAGAUCAUCCAGACUAAAGUCUUUAAGUCUAAAGUCCGGUCUGAUCGUUUGUAUUGCUGUCGCCGCCAUGCAAAUACCUUGUAUCUCCGUACACACAGUGUUUUUUUUUUAUUAUUAGUAGUAUUUUUUUUAUUCUUAACGCAAUAAAAAUAUCAUUAUCGCAAGCAUUCAUGGCAUGCGAUAAUGCAGUGAAUAAGAGCAAACUCCAGUUGCAUUAUCCGCUAUCCGCCAACAGAGGGCGCUUAUUCACUUCUUCACAGACUGUGAUCACGUGACCUAGCAAAGCUGGAGGUAAAGCGAGGCAAAGCAAGCCAGAGUUAUUAUUUGUUGCAACCUCCUAGAAACCACUUAACAAUGUCACAGCAAUCAUUUAGCAAGACCAUAGCAACCUCUCCUAGCAACCACUUUGCAACACCAAUAAGCAAAUAGCAAAUACAUUGCAUAUCAACUAACUAGCAACUACAACUGAUGUUGCAAUACAUAUAUACAUUAUUUCAGAAUUUCUUGAUGGACGAACCAAUAGAAAUGCUCUAAAUGCCUCUUUUUUUAAUGACUAAUUUCUUGUUUGGAAAUUAAGGAGAUUAAGGAGGUUUUUUUUUUUUUUUUUCGAGAUACAAGGUUUUUGCAUGACCGCAGCGAAUGCUUCAGGCUUCAGUUUCCUCCUGGAUACACAGGCCCGGGUUUGUACUCUUUGCCCAAUACAAGCUAAGCUACGCUAAGCUAUGCUAAGCUAAGCUAUGCUAAGCUAAGCCAUCGUAACUCCGCAGAAGCCCGGAGAGCAGUUCUGGUUCGUGUCUCAUUUCUUUACUCUGAUCCAGCAGAACUAAACUAAAAAAACGACGGAAAAUCUCUCUUUACGUAAAAAAGCUUUACCUUUACUGGUCUCUCUCUCUCUCCGUUCCGGACUGGGCGACCCGAGCUUUUACUGGUGCUACUAAAGCCUAUAGAAUGUACAGACAGAAGCACCGCCCCUCCCCCCGCCCCCCUGUUUUCUAUUGGGUGCUGUAGAUUUCUAGGCCUGGUGAACUUCCUGAUUGACAGUAAGCAAUGUAUUUUGCGUUUUUAUUUUUCUUCGGAUAUUUCCAGAACCUUAUUAAUUACCAAAAUCUUCGUUUUUUUCCUGUUUUUCUUCCUGUGCCAACUUCCUUUAUAUACCAAUAUAAACAAAGGCCUUUGAUUCAGGCAUCAACUGCCAAAGGUACUGUUUUAAUUAGAGCUAGAUGUGUGUGCGAGAGUGUGUGCGAGAGUGUGUGCGAGAGUGUGUGCGAGAGUGUGUGCGAGAGUGUGUGCGAGAGUGUGUGCGAGAGUGUGUGCGAGAGUGUGUGCGAGAGUGUGUGCGAGAGGGAGUGAUAUGUAUGUAUGAGUGUGUGUUGACCACUGAAGUCAUUGUGCAUCAUUCUGUAGUCAUCAUGCGGUAUGCCCAUAUUUGGACUUUUGCUUGGUUUUACCUCGAUUUUCAAUGGCAGAAAUCACAUCUAUAGUAUUUUGUGGUAAAUAAUUUUAUGUUUAGAGCUCGUUUUUACAUUUUAUUAUGUGUCCAUACUUUCCUAAACAUCACUAAAUCCUUUAAAUUACGGAGUUUAAGGUCGUUUUCAUAACAGCACUAUUUAUUCUGCUUGAAACAGCCUGUCAUUGGUUUGCACUCUUGGAACAGUUUGUUUAAACGAGUGUAAAAACUAAAGACUAAAACGUUUUGCUUCCAAAGCGACUUCAGAGCGGUUCUGUUUGUGGUAAGAACAUGAUUUGACCUCGGUCUGACCCAAAUAUCAAAUAUACUCAUGUUUAGGCUAAUCGGCUGUUCAGGUGCAGUUUAACCUGAUUUAUUACCAAAAUAAUUACUACUACAGCUAUUAACUGAUGCUAAUCUCUGCUGCUGCUUCACUCUAAACUGUUUUACACUAAAUAUACCAUAUGUUUAGUACUCUUCACUCAUGCAUUCCAUUAAAAAAAACACUGCAUUUAAAAGCAGCAGCACAUUUUUAGAUUUCAGUGGAUUUUAAGCAAUUUUAAGAUUUUUUUUUUUUUUUUUUAAAUAGCUACGACCAAUAUAAAAAAGACAACAUGCUUUGCUAUGGCAUAUUAGGUUUAGGUUUCGGCUUAAGUUUAUGCCUGUGUGAAAACAAACCAAAUAGAAAAGAAAAAGCUCUAAGUAAACAAACUCAUCAACUAGUACGCUUAAGUUUUGUGCUAUAAUGUGUAAUAUUGGCACUGUGGUGCAGCGGUUCUAGAUCAGUACAGCAGUGCUAAUUUUACACGUUUUAUCAUGAACCUCGAGUGUAUUAUUGUGAUUAUACCACAGUUUUACUAUCUCUAUUUAUUGAAAGAUUUUAAAGAGGAGAAGAAAAUAGGAUCUGAUUGGUUAUAAAAACUCUGCCAGUUAAAACAGUUCCAUUGCUGCUCUGUUUGUAGCUGCGCUGUUUGGUUUGUAAGCGCUCCAUGGUUGCUAGGUUACCUGUAUGUGGCGGAGUAAUACAGUAAUACAUGGAGAGCUUCGGUUACAGUGCGUUACCGGCUGAUAACGGCACUCAUGGAACGCCUCUCAGCCAAUCACAACCUCCUUGACAACCUACAUCACAAAAUUCUUAUAACGAAUCUUAAAUGAUUUUAUAAUUCAGAGGAUCCGGUGAUGUUCAGAAGAAAAUGUGCACAGAAUAAAUUGUUUAGGGUUUUGCUUUUUUAUUUUUUUUUACUUAUUUAGAGCGUAAUAAUAAUAAUAAAGGCGAUUUUUGAAAAGCCCCAUUAAUUUCUGCCACUGAAAAUUGAGGUUAGAGCCCGAGGACCGAAUUUGGAAAUUGCGACGACUACAAAAUGAUGACCCUACGACAGUGACCGUGGUCGAUAUGGGAGAAAACAGCAAGCCUUUAAACCUCGAAGUUAGUGGGCGUUACUGGACACGGUGGCGAUUUGUACAGAAUUUGGCCACAGAGAAAAGGUACAGCAGAACCUCGAAGAGAACAUCAGGUUGGAGAACCGGUUCCAUUAAUGAAAUGUGAAGCCGAAAUGACGUUUCAUCUCAUGAAUGUGGAGCUAACGUGUACACUGCUUGUGUAUUGAGGCAUGUCAUAAAAUAAUAAAAUCCAUAUUUAUUGAUUCUUGAUUUCUUUUCUUUUUUUACUCGCUGUUUCUAAUUGUAAAAUGCUUUUUGCAGUUUUUACGUUUUUUGAUCAUGUAUUUUAUGAAAAUCUGGGGUCAUAAGAGCAAAAAAGUGAGCGUAAAGAAUUUCCGCGGGAGAAGUUCGGGAGAAUGUUUAUCCUGUCAUGCUGAUGUACGACUGACUGACUCUGCGUUUACAGGAAUGUCCCGUUUCUGCAAAUAAACUGUGUAUUUUUUUGCUUAUGCUGUCAUAUGCAUUUUACAGUGGCUGUACAGGAAGUUUCUAACCCAUGAAAUAAACUUGCUUUACCCCACA